AUGAGUUCAGAGCUAUGUUCUGAAGAUGUGGUUCAGCUUACUGGUGGCGGACGAGCAGGGGUGGUCGCGGGCGGAGUCGAGCUCGGGCGCCAGCUGUUGCUGGCGGCUCGCGCAGGAGACACAGCUCUCGUCUUGGAACUAAUGGCGGCCGGCGCGCCCUUCACCACAGACUGGCUGGGCACGUCGGCCCUGCACCUCGCCGCUGCCAACGACCACGCCGACACCUGCGCCGUGCUUCUGCGCGCCGGCGUGAGCCGAGACGCGCGCACUAAAGUGGAGCGCACGCCGCUGCACCUGGCCGCACACGCCGGCCACGAGCGUGUCGUGUCGCUGCUGCUGGCGCACGGCGCGCCGCCCGACUGCCGCGAUAUGCUACGCAUGACGCCGCUGCACUGGGCCGCCGCUCGAGGCCACGAGGGGGCGGCGCUCGCGCUGCUGCGAGCCGGCGCCGACUCGUCUCUGCGUUGCAAGUUUCGUCAGCGACCUAAGGACUUGGCGCUGCGCCGCGGACACCGGGCGCUCGUGGCGCUGCUUGCUCGCGCCGAGCUCGACGCCGCCACGGAUCAGUUGGUGCAAGAAAAGAAGCCAUCACCCGAAGUGACCAAGGAAACGCCUGGACCAGAAACGAAAUCACCAGCAAAAACACAAGAGGACAAGCCAUCCGGGACGGAGAUGAAAAAUAAGGAAAGUUUCACUCUAAGUGCGGCGGCGGCGCUGUUGCGGCGGCACGGAAUCACGCUGCUGCCCGCCGACACCGGUAGUACGCUGCUCACGGCACUGCAGAGCGGACGCACCGUCGGCCUGUCCGACGCGGGCAAGCUGCUGCUGAAGGAGAGCGGGGGCGCGAGGCCUCUCAAGAUAGUUCUAAACAGAAACAACCUCACGCGCCUCGUGGCCGUGGCGCCGCAGCGGCGGGAGUCGCGAGAGGAGGAGGCGGCGGGGUGCGGGGCGGGUUGCGGGGCGAGGAGGGAGCUGGCGGCGGUGAGGGCGGCGCUGGCGGCGCUCACGGACCAACUGGCCGCCGCCCAGCGCCGACUGGCCGCCUUAGAGGGCACGAAUCGGACCGCGGACUAA